AUGCAUUACGUUACAGCCCUUGACGCCACCGUACUCCGCAUACUGGCACAGGGUGGAUGUUGCCUGAAAGACACCGGGGACGCCGCAAGCGCUCUCUGCGUGGACCCCUACACCCCCGCGAGCACCUACGCCUCUCGGAUGAGAAACACUCUACUCCUUCUUGAACGGCUGCUGGGUGUCCUUGUCGAUACCGACGAGCACGCCGUUGUGUGGGAGGCAGAGGCCGUGGUUCCAGAAGAUGGGAUGCAGAAGAGGGCAACCACUUCAGCGGGUGGUCUGGAGCUGGAGAGGUCAGCGGGCAAGCAACCGGGGCCCUCAUCAUGCCAUGGUAGUAUGAAUGAGCACAAGGCGCAUGGCGGUGUGGAGGUGGAUGGGCCCACAGGGACACCCGCCCGAGCGCAGUCGCUGAUUGUUGCUCAUCGGAACGACUUAACACCCGCUGAGAUCCAGGAGAUGAACAAACGUCUCCGUCUCCGCGCGUUCUUGCUUUGCGUGUACGCUAGCAUUUGGGGGAUGGGGGGGCAUCUGGUGGGAGAGGCGUCUCGGGUCAUGUGCAGCGCUUUUAUUCGGCAGUCGUCACCGCUCGAGCUCCGUCAGCAUAUUCGUGACAACAACCUGUUCGACUUUGUUGUGGACAUUGAGCACACAAAGCUCGUACCUAUCGGGGAGGACGCGAGCAUGUGCCCGGGAGCGCUGCCUCGGGGAAUGUGGACACUCGAUCCUCAUUGGGUCACACAGGUCAUGGGAAAAGGGAUCCCUGAUUUAGUGGCAGGACAACAGCACAACCACCCUGCCAAGAAGAUGGCAGGGGAUGAGGCUAAAACAGAGGUUAGCACCGCUGGCUCGCCGCCAGCAACCCCACAGGGAAUUAACUCAGCCCUGCCAAAAGCAGCUCCUCAAACGAUUGCCGGGAGUAAUGGCAACAAACCACCCGGGACGGCUUUCCUUGGUGAGCAAGAAAAUGGACAACGAGGUCUGGAACAGCAAGAGGGUGCUGAAAAGGCCGGACUCGACAGACGUAUCCAUCUGCUCGACAGCGCCCGACGGGAAAUGGCUGACGCUGGCGCCACGAUCGCAGCUGCGUGUGCCGAGGCCAAGGCUGCCGCCGAAUCCGGCACUACGCCACUGGCGAGAACUAACAAUGGUGCAACAGGUCGUCCGGUGAAUCCUGGGCCUUCUCCUGCAGGACAAAGGGAUAGACACGCUGGGCAAGCGCCUUUCACGUCUCAACACGGUGGAUGUACUCUCCCACGGAGUACCGUAUAUCUCAAUAUGCGCCGGCUAGCGACCACGGCAGACAUCGCCGGGGUAAUCGGGCGAGCGCUGAGGCGGGAGAAAGACGGCGUUCUCGAAGCGCCCCAAGAUAGCAGCACAGUGGUAUUUCUGGACGACGUGCAUUUCGCAGAGGAGUCCCCUGGAGAGGGCCGAAGCGAUUCUUCGUGCGGGGCGAACAGCUGCCCCGCGGAGACUAUUCGGGGCAUGAUAGAUGGCUACGAUGCUCUGGGAGAGGUUAGAGUCAGCUCGACAGCCCGACGCCAAACCGAGAAGGAACAGUGGGGACGUGAUCAUGGUGGUCUAGGCGGGGGACAGGCGGGUGCGGCAGGUCUCCCUCGGAUGUGUCAGGUGCACCCCGAUUUCGCCCCUCGAGCACCAUCCGGCCCCGUGGGCGACUCCUUCAGCAGACCAUCUACUGCUGCUGUGCUAGCCGCUAGGACAAGACUGAAUUCUCCAGCUGGUGGGUCAACAAUUGUGACACCGGCGUACUCGCUGGCAAGCACAGCCUCCGGAUCAGGGGCAACAUUGGAGCCUACCGCAGGUGCACCAGCACGUCUUGGCAUGAUAGGAAGCGCAAAUGGGGGUCCAGCUGGCGGCGGAGGACCAACGGUUCCGUCGCUGCUGAACCCCUUGGACAGCAAUCACGAGGACUGCCAACAAGGCCGGCAACCCCCCGGGUUAUCGUCGCAUGCUUCCUCCACGGACCGUCUUUGGACACGUUUUGCGAUCCUAGCACUGGACGCGCCGUCGACGUACAACCGUCUGCUGGCGGCGCUGACGGUCAAGCGGCAGCAUCCCGUCUUGGACUUCUUCGGGACACUGAUCAUGCGCGAGGUGGUGGAACCGCUUCGUGAGAGCUCGCAGCGGAAACUGGCGACAUUCGAGCUGGCACGGCUAAUCCGGGAGAGAGCUUUCGACAUCGGGAUUGAUGUCCAUGAGGAACGAACCAUUCUCGAGACGUGGUUUCCGACGGGCGCUGAGACGCUUCCAAUUUGGACCAACACGAGAGGCCUAGUCAUGGCGGUGGCGUACUGGGAGCAGCAGGCGACCAAGGCGAUCACGGCACAGAAGACGGCCGGGGAGAAACACGGCAGCAAGGGCAGUCUCGCCGGUUCUCGCGAGCACUCCGGUGGCAACAUAUCUUACGUCGAGAUUUGUUCGAAGGGAGAUGAAGGAGCGGGAAACGAGAGCAAGACGCCCCCGAGAAGCAAGCGCGCCGAAAUCCCCCAAACAAUGGUCGCUCACGGAAUCCUGAUGAACACCAAGGAUGUUUUUUCCUUUGGCGCAAUCACGAAGUACUUCGCACGAGCGGUUGAGCUGCUCAAGGUACCUUGGCCGGCGAGGCCCGACUCGAAACCGAUCGUUACUCCUCAGGACGUUACGAACAUCUGCAAGUGCCUGCGUCAGCUGUCUAUUCCGUGGAACCCUCUCUUGGUGUUGCGUCUGGAAAGCCGAGGCAUGUCUCGAGAGGGAGGGCCAGAGUCCGCGUUCCGGCUCGCCUCUGCUCUGGAAGGGACAGGGAUGGUCGUGAUGGACGCCGGGAUUGGGCGGAUGUGUGCCAAGACCGAAAUUGUCAACGGAGCAGGCCCACCCAGAGAGGCUUCUUCGCGUACCUUCAAUGCAACGCUUCGAAAGGCAGUGCUUACGUGUAUCGGGAAGACGUCGCAAGGCCCCCACCUUGAACGGUCAGGAGACGUCGGAGACGAUCUGUGGUUGAAUCCGGGCUGCCGCCAGAGUCCCGAUGCAGCUCAUGCGUACAGCACGAGCAGUCGAAAUGAUGCCACCACGCUAACUACUUCUACUAGUUUUAGCGCCACGUCAAGAGACGAAAAAGCGGGCCUUUCGUCAGCCCACAGCCCUUCAACUGGGGCGGGCCCGCUGGUUCCUACGAAAACGGUACUUCUCGUGAAAGGUGCCGCGAACCUAUGGGGAGCAGGCAACGGGGACUGGCCCCUGCGAGCUCUGAUGGACCUCGUCGAGGGAGGCGACGUUCGGAGACUUUUUUCCGACGCGGAACUCCUCGAGCUAGCUGAAGCCGAGGAGAAACACGAAGCACGCAACCCCAGCGGAAGCUGUAACAUGAAAAACAGCUCCAACGGACAGGGGGCCGCCACAGACGGCGGUAGGGCAAAACGAUCAACGUCGGGCGCUUCGGCAGCGGAAGAGGCAUUGUCUACGGGAGGGGUUGGCGAUGACGAACCUGGGCGCUCUAAUUCCGCUCAACCUAAGAUAUCGAGAUGGUCCUGCUGGACCCGAGGCGGAACCGACUUUGUGUACCGCCGAAUAGUGUCCCACAUCCGUCAAUGCCUCACUGUGGCGCUGUGUCUUGAUGACGAGGAGGUCAUCGCUUUGGGCCCGUCAUUCCCGGCCCUAUCGACUUGCCCAUCCAUGCGUUUGGAGUCGUGGUCUGACCGAUCGAUGCAAAUGGUAGCCGCUAGGAGUCUCGGCGCCGACCUCUCUAAAUCUCCUGCUCCAGCAUCUGGGACGGAUGAACUGGCAAGAAGAGAACGGUUCAGUGGACCAAAUUCCGGUUUCGACGGCAAGGGUCGAGUCUGCCUGUGGUCUGGUGCCACUCACGCAAACCUCGUAGGAUUGCUGGCGUUCGGCCGCUUCCAGAGUACCGUACCGGCGUUCAAAGACCCACCAACAACCCCCGCCGCGGGGACCACCGAAGGGGGAGACGUAGGAUCGGUUGCCGAGCUGAUCGAAAAUGAUCAAUUCGCAGCGGCCGACGAGGCCGAGCGCUUGUUCGACGCAUGGAUGGCAUCGGCGGACCCAUCCGCGUGUGUCGUUGUCUUUCGAGCCGUCGAGGAGUGUGCGGGCGGCAGCUGUGAUGGCGUUGACUGUGAUGGCGGCACAAGAAGCGACGACGCCCGUGUUGGUGGUGUCAAUGUUGAGAUGGACGGUUCUUCGCGUGCCGGUCAAGACCAAGGACGUUGGGGUUCGGUGAAAGCUCAAUGUUUCCGUGCGAUGGCCGAGGAAGGCCGCGGACCGCGACCGGCUUCUAUCGAUGAGGUCUUGCUGCUGUUCAAGCACCUGUGUCGGUUAGGUUGCCGCAGGCUUGUGGAGAGGGCACAGGUACUGAACAGAGCGCUGGCCGCGGCCGAACAUUGGGGAGUGCACAAGGCGCGCCGAGAAGCGGAAAAGAUCCAGCUAAAGAACCGGGCAAAGGACGUCCUCGACGCCCUAAGUCAAAACAACGAACAAGUGCGGCACGUCCAGCAAGAAAAGACCAAGGUGCAAGAGUUCUGGAAUGAGCAAACCAAGAGUACCCGGGAGCAGCGCCAGGCGCAAUUAUUGCGCAUGGAGGAGGUGGAGAAGGCGCUGGAGCCAAUUAUGUCGGCGUACGAGGUGUCUAGAGAUUUACUGUCCACCCUCCAAGAAGAAGACAUGGAGUUCUUGUGUACGCUCUGCCUGGGGUCCAGCAUGUUCAACUCAGCCGCCGGGGUUAGCUCCCAUGUGGCCGAAGCCACGCAGCAGCGGAAGCAGAAAGGCUUGCACCAAGAGCUUCCAUUCAUCAUGGAAACCGUUGCCGUGAUGCUGGGCAACAUGAGCGGCUAUCCUCAGGUCGUGGGGGAGUGGGUCCGCCUUAAGGCUUCCCCGUCCAUGAAAAUCAUUCGAGCGCUUCUCCUUGAUCCAACGAUCGCCGAACGGUUGAGCAGUUUCGACCCUGAGAGCGAGACUGGUCAGAGAGCCGUUAAGCUUGUCAUCGAACAGAUGGCUGAGCGAUCAACGGUUGACAUGUCCAAGACGAAGGUUCCCGAUGGAGUCUCUAAGGGUGUAGCCGGUCGGCAAAGUGGCAGCAGGGAUGGUGGCAGUGCCGAUGGAUCGGGUGACGGCUGCCCAGCAAGUUCGGCGAUCCACUACGCGAAGAAGAUUCCGAUUCUUGCCCUUAAACUGGAAUCCAGGGCGUGCGGGUUGCUGGCGGCUUGGGUGCAAGCGACGGUGGUCCUGUUCGAUGCUUUGUGCACAGCAGCAAAAACGUGA